GCUGUGCGGAUACUUUGUUGCAGUUUGUGAAUCGCGCGCAGACACAUUAUCUCCGAGUGCCACUUGGAUACAGAGUAUCCCCCAGUCACACUCCGAUACAGUAUCCUCGAGUCAGUGACUGAUUGAGGGUUUAUCCCCACCAUGACCAAGGAGCAGCUCCGGCCCCGGCUCUGUGUUAUCGAGAAAGGCCCGAGUGGAUACGGCUUCCACCUGCACGGGGAGAAGGGCAAGACCGGUCAGUUCAUCCGCCUGGUGGAAGCGGCCUCUCCAGCUGAGCGAGCGGGGCUGCGGGCCGGGGACAAAGUGGUUCAGGUGAAUGGGGACAACGUGGAGCAGGACAGCCACCAGCAAGUGGUCCAGAAGAUCAAGGCGGUGGCCGAGCAAACCCGGCUGCUGGUGGUGGACAGGGAGACGGACGAGCUGCUGAGGGCCCGGGGGCUAGUGUGCAAGGAGGAAUACAUCGACGGCAUCCCCGACCCCACGGAGUCGGGCGAGGGGCAGCAGGAGGAGCCCGAAGAGAAAAGCCCGGCAGCCGAGCCCAAAGCGGCAGACACUGUGUCUCAGAGCAGCAGCGAGAAGGAAGUUUCUGCCCCCACAAAGGAACUGCGCCCUCGUCUCUGUCAUAUGCAGAAAGGCUCUAAUGGAUAUGGCUUCAAUCUGCACAGUGAGAAGUCAAAGGUUGGUCAGUAUAUCCGGGCUGUGGAUGCUGACUCUCCUGCAGAACGUUCUGGACUGCUGCCUCAGGACCGUAUAAUUGAGGUCAACGGUGAGAGCGUUGAAGGGAAGCAGCACUCUGAUGUGGUGACAGCCAUUAAGACAGGUGGUACCGAGACCUCGCUGUUGGUUGUCGAUCCAGAAACAGAUGAAUUUUUCAAGAAAUGCAAAGUUUCUCCAUCAGUUGCACAUCUUACAGGACCUCUUCCACAACUGAUUGUGAACGGGGAUAUUGAACAGAAGGCAAACGGAGAUGUUUCUGCGACAGUGACUCCCACACCAGCACCAUCUUCAAACUCCUCAUCUGCUCCAUCAACCCCAACAACUCCAUCCAGGGAUACAAGUGCCCCAGUGGUCAAGCCCCAGCCUGAAAGUGACAAAACAGUUGACGAGGUGGGUCUGAGCCUCAGUACCUCGGCAGCAGAGGCCAAGGAGAAGGUGCAUUCGAAACGCUCCAGCAAGCGGGCCCCACAGAUGGACUGGAGCAAGAAGAAUGAACUAUUCAGCAACUUGUAAAGAAAAAAGAACCUUCGCUAAUCUAAGCUUCUGCUUUAAUAACCUCAGAAAAAGUUAAUUUCUCUGGUAAUUUUGUUUUCCCAAGCCCAGUGAGUCUUAACCUGCUACAUUCCGAGGGGUGAGCCCCUCUCUAUGUCCGUUUCCCCAUUUGCUCCGAUCCAGGUCAGGUUGUCGUUGGCCUGAUUUUGUUAGUCGAGCAGGGUAAUGAGCCUUCCCCCAUCCCACUGUGACUAGUCCUCUGACGUAGACUCUGUGUUUGUGCUGUCUCCCCCAGUAGCUGUGCAUGGUGUGGUGGAAUCCCUCAGGCAUCUCUCACCAGUUGCUCCUGAUGCCAGUGCUCACUUGGACAGGGGCAGCAUUGUGAGGUUGUGGACACUCUCCUCUCUCCACCUUUUUCAAGUCUCUGUGCUGCUGACUUGCUGAGCUUUUGGUGAAGUGUGUGCAGUUUCAGACCAGACUUUUGUAGACAGUCCUGAGCUUAACCUGGUCACUUUGAAUAAAAGCAGGAUACAUUUCCAAUCUCUUCGAACAACUGAGUCCUGCGCUGUGAACACUGAACCAUUCAGUCACAAACCUGGUAAUUCUCUGGAGAUAUUGUUCCUUCCUCCUGAUGAACAGAAGGUUUUGAAUCUCUUGUCAUGAUUUGUUUGAAAUUACCCACACAAAUUACUUAUUAAAGAACCAUCAUUCUGCCAAUGACCAGAUCAAAUUUUGUGUUUCAUUUUUCUCUAAUCUGCUAUGUGCAAUUAUGAUAUUUCUGUUAAAUUUAGAUUCUCCAGUAUUAAAAUCCAGUCUAAUCUGCAAACUGAAAUCGGCAAGUUGCAUUCACUAGCAAAGAACCAAUUUAGUUUGUUACUAGACAAAGCUUCGGUAAUGGGCGAUGGCUGCUUUCAAGAUGGUAAAGAUGUUCUAAUUAGUGCUGACAGACCACAAACUCCAUGCAAGGGUGCUUGUGUCUCACUGGCCUGUGUUGACCUUGGGCAGGUUGCUGCCCAUCAGAAUCACUUGUAAAUUGGUUACGGUCCCAAUCCAAGCUCCAACUAACUGUUGAGGAGUGUGCAUUUCUCUUGAAUGGAUGUGGGACCAUUUUGCCAACAUUCCAAAUGAUUCAGGUUACUGGAAAUUGUUGCCAUACAAGAACUUAAUUUGGGCUUUCAUUUAGAAUACAAUUCGAACCCAUCUGAUCCAUGGAAUCUCAUCCCUGCUUAUCAUAUUCCUUCAUCCCAUAUCUUUCCCAUCAACUCUUUAGGUUUCAGGUCUCCUUUUCAGAGACCAACCCUCUCCGUUCUGUAUGGUGAAUGAAGCUUUGAGUCAGAUCACAGCAAGAUAUAAACUGGCCCUACAGCUAUGGAGGUAACUGCUGCCCUGUAUUUCUCUGGGGAGAGUGCAAGUCAUUUUUGAUCUUUUCACCCCUUCCAUGAGAAUGUGGUAUCAAGUCCAUUAACCUGCUAAGAAAUGGUCCAGUUGGUGCUGAUCUGGUUAUUAAUACUUUUAUAUUUCCUGUUUGACACUUGUUACAACAGGGUAAAGAUUUGUUCAUUAGUCUUGAUUUUUGCUUUUACCUUUUUAAUCUCUGGGAUUGGAUGAUGGGGACUCAUUUAUUUGUUUUUAUCUGCAAUAUCAUUAUCCUUUGUUUUUUGUUGUAUUUUGGGUGUUUUAUUAACUCAUUCCAUCCUGUUCACAAUGCUCCCAUCUCCUGCUGUACUUCAGAUGGCAUUGCGAUAGACUGAAUGCACCCUGUGGCUUUCUCACUAUCAAUGAUGUGAAUAAUCUACUUUCAUUGGCUACAAAUGAGUUCCAAUCUGAAACAAUUCCAAAACCUGGAAAUCUGACGGGCUUGCCAUUUGCUUUCAGUGGGGCUUUCACUUUGGAUUUCAAUUCAGUUCAAUAAAAGCUAGGUUUAGAAUUCAUACAAUGCAGACUGAAAUUCUUCAGCACUGAUCAAGCGAGAGUUACUUCCUCAGUGUGCCAAGUUGUAAAGAGAUUUUGUAAGGAGUGGUUCAAGUCAGUGAUGUUAAUGUGUAAAUCUGCAAAAACAUUAAUGAGACAGCUUGGAUCCUUCAGUUCCUAAUUUCUAAUUGUAAUGUUGUGUUGGGUUGCUUGAGGUCAGAGACUUUGUACCCCAGCAUUUGUAGUUUAACCCUCUGGAUCUCCUCUAAAGGUGACACCUGGGACUUGUGACAAGGUCCCUGCCUGAUUUAUAAGAUAAAUGGUUUCUCAAGGGAUUCACACAUUACCCUGGGGAGCAGUGCCUCUACACCAAUUUUGAGUUGCUGGAUUUAGUCUUAGUUCUGGGCAGUACAUUGAGGAUUAAUCUAGUUACAGUCAUGGUCUGUGUCUGAAUAUGGCAUUAUAUCUCAUCAUUGGUUUGCAUUUUCCUUCUUUACACAACAGAUUGUACAUUUUAUAUUAAAAAAAAGUAUCUGACCUAUACUGGCGGUAAUUUGGAAAAGUUUCUGUUGAAGUGAAAUGCCUAUUAUAGCCCUCGGAAACCUCAGCUGAGAUUAAUCCUAUGUAUACGUGUGUCUAUUUUUUGUUAACUUUGAUUUUGUCAGUGCACUGUGUUUGGGAUUGGAGCACGUGUAGUCUGAUUUAAUUAGCACAAGUUCUGAGUUAGAGACACUGCAAGUUGCAGAGAGGAGUUUUAUUCCUAUGUAUAACAAGCAGAGAUCGAAGUAUUUCUUGCUCUAUAGCUUUGUCUGAAAUAGCAGAACGAUUUGUUGUCCAAAUUCAAACACAAUUUUUAGAAACUAUAUUUUUACCAAUGUCUGU